UAGUGGCGAUCGUAACCGUUGUCAUCUCGUUCGCUGCGAACUUAUAUCGCGUAAGCAGCACCGAUGCAUUUUUAUCCUUGUCUCGAUGGAAAUACGUAUAUCAAGACUGCUUUCAAUGUACCGCAGCUUUUCUUGGCGAUCACGGAGUUGCACGAAAUUGAGAACACGAUCAUCAGCGCAAAAUUCGUUCUGGUACACGUGAUCAUCAUGUUCUUAAAUAACUAUAGCGGCCAAAAGUUAAUAAGCACCAGUAUGAAACUUUUCCACGAUACAUAUGAUUUGUACUGGUAUUGCAUACCACCGAAGUCGCAGAAAAUGUUACUGUUCGUAUUGAUGAGAAGUGCAAACGGAGCGCAAUUUAACCUCGCCGGUCUAUUCAUUCCGUGUUACCAAGGCUUUACAACGAUGGUGAGCUCGUCUUUUUCAUACUUUACCAUGAUUAUAUCGGUUUAGUGACGAGAAAUAUUGGACGUCGUUAGAAAGACAGAGUAUGUACGAUGUGUGUGGAAAAUCGUGUGUCACGGUUUAUCUUUACAAUUUUGUUUUCUCUGCACCGUUUACCUAAAAUCGUCUAAAAUCGCCGUCUGUCUCAUGUGCACAGAGGCCCGCAAAUGUCUUCGUACACCUUCUAAGCUAUUUUAAAAUUGAAC